AGGAUAAAUUUUUGCAUAAAUAUACCCCUUGAUCCUGUUGGAAUUUGAAAUUUGGUUUGAGUUCAAGGGUUAACCAUGUCUAGUCUUACUUAUACUAAGCUUCCAAAGAGAAGCAUCAAGGUAUCAACCAAGUUCAUUCGUUACCAUGCAACCAAAACCACCGAGAGUGAUUCAAUUCAUACUCAUACUAUUAAAACUCCAGUUGGUAUUAAGGCCGCAAUUGCAGCUUUAAAGCCUAAGACCACUAGAUUAUCAAUUGAAGGACCAAUUGAGUGUGAUUUGAGAGGAUUUCAAUUAUUGAAUAGUCCAAUUUAUAAUAAAGGUUCGGCCUUCACCAUUGAAGAACGUCAGGCAUUCGGGUUAACUGGAUUAUUACCUAGUCAAGUUAAUACUUUAGACGAACAAGUUGAACGUGCUUAUCAGCAAUUUCAAUAUUUGAAAACACCAUUAGCUAAGAAUGAUUUUUGUACUUCGAUGAGAAUACAAAAUAAAGUUUUAUACUACGAAUUAGUCAGAAGACAUAUUAGAGAAAUGUUACCAAUCAUCUAUACUCCAACUGAAGGGGAUGCCAUUGCUAACUACUCUCAUCGUUUCAGAAAACCAGAAGGUUGUUUCUUGGAUAUUAACGAUCCAGACUCAAUUGAUGAAAGAUUAUCUGCCUACGGUGAAGAUAAAGAUAUCGAUUAUAUCGUUAUGAGUGACGGUGAAGGGAUUCUUGGUAUUGGUGAUCAAGGGGUCGGUGGUAUUAGAAUUGCCAUUGCAAAAUUGGGGUUGAUGACUUUAUGUGGUGGUAUUCAUCCCGGUCGUGUUUUACCAAUUGCCUUGGACGUUGGAUCAAAUAAUGAAGACUUGGUUAAUGACGAUCUUUAUAUGGGUAAUAAGUUUGCUAGAGUUCGUGGUGAACAGUAUUGGAACUUUAUUGAUAAGGUUAUUCAUUCAAUUAAAAACCGAUUCCCAAAUGCAGUUUUGCAUUAUGAAGAUUUUGGGGUUACCACCGGUAGAACAAUGUUAACCAAAUAUAGAAGUACUUUACCUUCUUUCAAUGAUGAUAUUCAAGGAACUGGUGCUGUUGUUAUGGCUUCAAUGACUGCGGCUUUGAAAUUCUCAAACCGUGACUUAUUAGAUUCAAAAGUUUUAAUUUACGGUGCUGGGUCUGCCGGUAUUGGUGUUGCUGAUCAAAUUGUUAAUCACAUGGUUAGUCACGGUUGUUCCAAGGAUGAAGCUUAUAAGAAAAUUCAUAUUAUGGAUCGUCGUGGGGUUAUUUUGCAAUCCAUGGAAGCCAACGAAGGUCAAAAACCUUAUGUUGAUGAUGACGCCGAUUGGGAAGGUAUCGAUACUUCUUCUUUGGUGGACGCUGUUCGUAAAGUUCAACCAACUGUUCUUGUUGGUUGUUCUACCAAAGCUGGUGCUUUCACCGAAGAAGUUAUUAAGGAAAUGUAUAAGCAUAACCCCCAACCAAUUGUUUUCCCAUUAUCUAAUCCAACCAGAUUACACGAAGCCUUCCCAGUUGAUAUUAUGAAAUGGACCGAUAAUAAUGCUUUAAUUGCUACCGGAUCUCCUUUUGCUCCAGUUGAUGGCCAUUAUAUUAGUGAAAAUAAUAAUUGUUUUACCUUCCCUGGUAUUGGUUUAGGUGCUGUUCUUUCUAGAUGUAACAGUAUUUCUGAUACUAUGGUUAGUGCUGCAGUUGACCAAUUGGCUAAAAUGUCACCUAAAAUGGAUGAUCCUAAAAAUGGGUUAUUACCUCGUUUAGAAGAAAUUGAUGAAGUUAGUGCUCAUGUUGCCACCGCAGUCAUUUUACAAGCUUUGAAAGAAAACAAUGCUAGAGUUGAAUCUGAAGAAAGACCAAAUGGUGGUGGUUUUGUUCAAGUUCCAAGAGAGUAUAAUCAAUGUCUCAAAUGGGUCCAACUGCAAAUGUGGAAACCAAUUUACAGACCAUUGGUUAAAGUUAAACACGUUCCAGAAAUUCACACCUAUCAAUCAUAAGUCAUUUUUUUUAAUUCCUUCAUUUCUUUUAAUUUUGCAUUCAAUUUUUUUU